UCGUUCAAUUUAGAUCAAGAUGUCUAGCAAAGCAAAUGCUUCCAAGAAAAGGUCUCAACAGUUAAAAAGAAAUCCAAAAAGAAAAACUGGUGAUGAGGAAGUGGAGUUAUCAAAGAAAAAGGUUAGAAACACAGUGAAAAAAAAUAAAAAUCAUCCAAAGCAUCUGUCUUCUGAAGGACAAACAGAGCAAACUAGUCUAAAACAAGUAAAGAUAGCAUUCAGCAAGAGAAAAACCUGGCAACCUCUUUCGAAAAAUAGCAGAAAGCAUUUGCAGACUAUGAUGGAAACAGUAAUAAUAGCAAUUUUGAGUAACAAAGGUAGAGAAAAUGAACAAAUCCAAUAUCAUCUCAACUGCCUAAAGAAAAGGUUGCUUCAACUAUGUGAAACCCUAAAAGUCCCUCCCCAAAAGCUAAAAGAUUUCACUAAUGUGUCAAGUCUACUGAAAAUGGAAAAAGAAUAUCACAGAGCUAAUGAGGAAGGUCUGACAUCAUUGCAGGAAGAAAUAGAUAAAAUAGUAGAGACCACAGAGUCAGUGACUGGGAAUAUUCAGAGCCUAAAGAACAAAAUUCAGAUUCUGACAAGUGAGGUGGAAGAAGAAGAGGCGAAGGUAAAACAGAUGUUUCACAUAGACAUUAACAGGGCACUCUCCCUUCCAGAACUUCCCCAGAAGAGUCUCAAAGCACCCAUACUUCAGAAAGAAAUUUUGACACAAAUUCCAAACCAGAGUGCUCUUCUGAAAGACUUGGAUGUUCUCCAUAAUUCAUCUCAGACAAAGAACAUGUUAACGUUCAUCAAAGAAGCCUAUAAGAGACUGGAUGCCUCUUAAAGAAUGUUUUUUAGAUUAUUCCACAUUAAUUUAAUGUUUAUAAAUUUGUAAAACUGUUAACCUAUGAUGAUAUUUCAGAGGCUAAGGCUUCUUCAGGAUGUAUUAUUUCCUAAUAUGGAGUUUAACAUUAGCC